AUGUAUUCUACAACUUCAAUUACCGAUUCUAGUUUACAAUCCGCAACGGUCUUCGCGAAUUUCUUGUCAAAGCUGGAAUAUCCUAACGCUUCGGCUUUAAAACCAGAACAAAUAUUGUGGGCUUUUGAGAGUAAAGAAACGCGUCAUUUAUUUGACUGGUUAUGUGAAAAAAUCGACGAAAAAAAUUUAAUUGGUAAUAACGAAGGUGGUCUUUUAUCAACGGAGCUUGCAAAGAUUAAGAAAGAGCACGAGAGCUUUGAAAAUGAGAUCGAUAUAUUGCGAAAAAGGCACGAUCGUGUAUCUAAUCACCGUGACCAGCUUAAAAUGACAUUAGAGGAUUUAGAAAGUCAACUCGCUGACUUAAAGAGAAUCAAUCGUGAUUUAGACGAGCGGAAUAAAGAUGUUGAUUCGUUGGUCCAACAGGAAUCCAUUAAGCUUGAUGUUGAGACAAAUGCCUUAUUUAUUGCAUUGUCUGAAGUAUUAUCUGAAAGAGAUACUCAUGAAGGAAGUGGAAAGACGAAAAAUUUUAUCUUUCAAUAUACAAAUGAUAUCGAGAAUAUAGUAAAAGUUGACCAAGCAUUCACACAUGAACUUCAAAAAUUCCGGGAGAGCCUAUUUCCACAAAAUGUAGAUGGAAUUUCCGAUCAGAAAGCUUUAUGUAAUGAAAUUAAACGUCUAAAAUCUCUCUGUCCAAAAACUGAAUUUAAAUAUAUUGAAGCGAUUUCCCGUCAUGAAUAUAUGUCUACAUACUUGCGAGCACUUGAAAGCGAUGUCUUAGGGCUAGAUUCAUUUAUUCCUGACGUCAAUAGCUUAGAAUUAAAAUGUGAACAAUAUAUAAGCAACAGUACUAUGUUGAAUCAACAAAUCAAGUCGAUUUUGACUUCAAAAAUUGGAGAAUAUUUAAAAAAUCUUGCAGAGUUGCAAAUUGAAAAUACAUUAUUAAUGGCUGAUUACAAUAUUCAAUCAAAGUAUCAAAAAUCGUUAAUAGAUAGAUUUAAUUUGGUGAACGAUAUUUUAUUAUCUCAAUAUUCGCGUACUCAAUUCAUCUCUAAGGCCCUCAAUCUCGAAUUAGAUGAUCAAAAAACCAUCUAUAGAUUGUUUUCUGAUGUAACAAAGGAGCUAGAACAUCGCAGGAAUUGUUUUACUGCACAAAAAUCACUUAUGUCUGCAACUGAUUUUGUGGAGCCAAAGAUAGAAAAAACGGUUGUAGGAAGUAACGAUAAUUUAUUAUUAUCCAUGAACAGAUUAAUGAACUUGGAAAUAUUGAAAACGAGUAGUUUUUUAAGAUAUUCAGAAGAGCAAUCCUCGUCUUUUAUUACAUACGAUUGUUUAAAAGAAAAGAUUACCGAAAUUGAUCAAACAAGAAACAACGUAUUGUCUAAAGUGAAUGAAGAAUUGGUGGCACAACAAGAAUUUUCCAAAUCUUGUGGUGGAAUUGAACAAGUUUUGACCUCUAUACUUUAUAAAGAUUCCAAGACUUUAGAUCUUAUAUUUACGCCUAGAGAAUUUUCAGACAUUCAAUUUUCUUUACUUUCAAUAACCAAUCGUCUGAAGCCCAAAUUAAAUAAAAUUUCCCAGGAUUUGGACUCUUUGCGAAGUAGCAAACACGAAAAUAUCAACCCAUUAGCAGAAGGAAUCUGGAGAAAUUCUAGAAUGAAAUUUACAAUUUUUCGAGAUAUGGAACCACCAUCAGGAAUGAAUCAGCAUACUUUUACGAGGUUAUUGACAUUUGAAAAAGGUUGUCAGUUUUGUAAAACUAAAGAGAAAACGUUAACAAUAUAUUGGAUUCCUGGUGUUCGCUCUUGUCGGGAUUGUAUGUUCCCAAGAGUGUUUAGUUCACAUAUACUUGGAUCAACUUUUAAGAUCGAUAAUGAAGUUCUUGGACUUAUUUUACCAGUAACACCAAGCAUUGAUUUACCAGAAUCUAAGCAUACACAUUAUUGGAUCGAUCAUGUUAAGAAUGUUAUCGCGUUUCUUAUGAAUGCUGAUGAUAAUAUGCGACGCGCGUUAAAUAACUUAAGAAAAGAUGUCGGAAAGAAAUAUAAAGAAACCAAAAAUUAUGAAAAAUGGAUGUUUAAUUUACGUCAAUUCUACCUUAGAGGACAAGAUGAUAUUUUUUCAAGAUUACAUGCUGAAAUUAAUAGAGAAACUUUAUUCAAGAUGCAAGAAGAUUAUGAAUACAAAAAAUUGAAGACUGAAGUCCAGUAUAAUCCAUUCUUAGUACAGGAUUGGCAGCAAUAUAAAUCAAGGAUCCUACAAAUCGCCCAAAGAAUUGAUAGGAAUCUCACAAGCACCACUUUUCCACCCACAAUGGUUUCAUCAAUCAGAUCUGUAGAUAAGAUUACUCAAAAAAGAAUUAAAAUUGUUAAACGCCUAAGAAAAAUAACAUACGGUUCAAAGAGAAUAUCUCACUAUCAAAUUAUAAGUAUUUUCGAUGUACUAUAUGUAUAUUUGCCAAUAUGCCCAAGCUUCGUAAACCCACCGGACCUUGAAUAUUCCCAAGAAUUUUUUAUGAGGAAACUUUUGCCAUCGCUCAAGAGGGAAGCCAACCAACUUUGUGCAUCCAGGACAGCCCCUCCACCAUAUUUUCUCGAAAUAGAUGGGGCGUUAAAAGUUGGUGGUCUUCGAGAUCAACUAGUUUUUGAAUGUCGUCUUUGCGAUACACUCCCUCUGAGUAAUAUAAAAAAAGUCAGGUUACAUAUUAAAGGUGUUCACGAACUUGAUGAUAACUUAAAUAAUGUAAUUUAUGCUACGAAGGUGAACUGUGACGCCGUACUUACGAACUUGUUUCACGCUUUUUUCUUACACAAAAAUUGA